AUGACCCAUGGAGAUGGUGCCGCAACGCAGAAAUGGGAGUUGUACGGUGUUCGUGUCACUGUGCUGGACGCGGGCACGUGGGCCGGGGAGAAUGUCUCUGUCGUCAACCGGCACGACCUCCCUUCCUUCUCGCUCUCGACGCAUCCUCCUGCAUCCCCCGAGAUGCUGGCCCAGUGGCAGUCCGUGAUGCCCCCCGCGUGCAUCAACCCAUGCCACUUUGUGGCAACCGAUCUGCUGGCUGUGGCGAUCCCGAGCGCAUUGUUUGCUUAUCACGUUUCCGUCCACUGCCAUGCGGGCAAGGCGCGCGACCACUAUGGACCCCUGUUCCAGCGCUUAUCUGCUGAGGGAUGA